UCCACCUGAGCGCGACGCCCGUUCGUCCGCCCACUCGGCCAUGGCGCCUCCACCGCUCCACCUCCCGCCCUACUUAGCCCCUACGUGGUCCUCCGGGCGCCCCCGUCCCGCGCCAUCGUCGAGGCCACCGUCACAGCUCCACCCCUUCUCCGACCUCCUCACCGAGGCGCUCGGGGCCGAGAGCUUAGACCCCGACGACGUCGCCAUGGAUGGCGUCGCCGCGGUCGAAGGCCCGGACCAGCCUUGCAAGAGCCAGCAGCACCACCUCGACGGCGCCGACGAGGAAGGCGACCGAGGGUUCGUGAUGCCGAGGCGGACGACGAGGAGCGGGAGGGCGUUCCCGCCGCCGAUAUCGGUGAUCGGCAAGGGCGGGCGGCCGUGGCUGACCCUCCGGGCGCACCGGGAGGACGGCCGGCUCGUGCUGCGGGAGAUGCGGCUGCCGUCGCAGGAGCUGCUCCAGUCGUGCAAGGAGGACGGGAGGUUCAAGCUCUUCAUGCACCCGGAGGCCGGUGGCCGAUGCGUCGCCGGCGCCGCGGGAUCACGCGCAACGACGGCCGUGCCGCAGGACUAGGAAAGGAAGCGCACUUUGAGGAGCCGAUUGACCAGAUUUAUCUGUAAAUUAGUGCCUCGGUGACAUCACUAGAGUUCUACCUCUCAUUCCUUUAAACAUUGAUCGUGAUCAUCUUGCCUUGCCUUCCCGUACGUAUAAUCCAUCCACGCAUGACGCAUGGUUGGAACAAUCGCAGCAAAUCAUC